AGCUGGAGUUGGGCUCUCUAGCUUUGGGGGGCUCCAUAUCUCCACACAUAGGAAAUCUAAGCUUCUUAAGAGUGAUUGAUCUCCUAAACAAUAGCUUCACUCAUCAAAUCCCUCCUCAACUUGGGCAUUUGCAUAGAUUGCAGGUAUUGAUUCUAAACAAUAACUCAUUUACUGCACUAUUCCUCCCAACAUUUCCAAUUGCUUCAAACUGAUUGACCUCUUUCUGGGGGUAAACAAUCUGGUGGGUAAAAUUCCUCCCCAUCUCAGUUCCUUGUCGAAGCUUCAAAAGUUUGUUUUGCAACGGAACAAUUUAUCAGGAGAGAUCCCUCCUUCUUUGGGGAACCUUUCGUCUCUUGAGAUAUUUGCUACAUCUUCUAAUAACUUAGAAGGAAGCAUCCCUAGUUCUCUAUGCCAGUUGAGAAAAUUAAGAUUUUUCAAAUUAAGCGAAAAUAAGUUGUCUGGUACCAUUCCUUCCUGCAUUUAUAACCUCUCUGGUAUAGUUAAUUUUGGGGUAUCACUAAACCAAAUUCAAGGAAGUCUUCCAUCAAACUUGGGUUUUGAUGCUUUUCCCAACCUUCAAGUAUUUUCUAAUUUUGAUAAUCAAUUUACCGGGGCCAUCCCUUCGUCAAUAUCCAAUGCAACAAAUCUUAUGUCUUUUCAAUGUGAAUCAAACAAACACACUGGGCAAGUGCCAAAUUUACUAAAGCUUCAUAAGCUUAAUACGUUCAUUGUCAGUGAUAAUGUAAGUACAGUGUUUUCAAAGGCGUCGCCGAGGCGAGCCCGGGGCGCGCUUCAGUGUGAGGCGACCGGAAAAAGCCUCGCCGGUUCAAACUUGAACGUGCUGCUGGAAAAGCGGCCGCUGAGGCGACGGAGCGUCGCUUUUUGCAGAGGCGGAGCCUCAGGGCAGAGCGCGAGGAAGAAGACGACGAAAGGGACCCUUUUUUUUUUUUACUUUCUGUCAAAAUGACGUCGUUUUUUUAUUAAUUUUGGUUCCCCUCCUAGAACGACGUCGUCUUGUUUGUAGAUCUGUUUAACAACCCCAAAACGUAGUCGGCAUACGAGGUCCAGAAAGGUAGAGAAGAAGGAAAAUAACCGCCGCUGUGAGAAAAAGAAAAGAAAAAACCAGAGAACGCGCUUGGUGCUUCGACGGCUUGUGAUGUUCCGUCCAGUGGCGCGUCGUUAUGACGUCGCCGUCGGCCGGGCCUGUACGGCAGGUAGGUUCGCUGGAGGGUUUGGGCUACGCGUAAUGGUUGGUACUGAUCUUCUCAGACUCGGGCUCGGAUCGCGAUUGUGCUUAGACUCAGAUUCAUGCUUGAUGGCUGAUCACCGGCGAGUGGGUCGAUGGUUGCCAGACUGGAAGUCAUCUGCAAUGUUGUUCCUCGUCGUUACGAAGGAUAUGUGGAGACAUGAUGGGUGGAUGAGCCAACAGAUGAAGUAGCUUUCCAAAGAAGUUUAUUCAUAUGGGUGCGUUCAUGUGAUCGAACAGAGGCUUAACAAAAGGUCCUUAACAUGUUACACCGGGGAGCAGCUAAAAGUUUCAUGGCCGAAUGUGAGGUGUUGAGAAAUAUCAGACAUCGUAAUCUGGUCAAGAUCUUAACUGCAUGUUCAAGUAUUGAUUUUGGUGGCAAUGAUUUCAAGGCUCUUGUUUACGAGUUCAUGGACAACGGGAGCUUGGAAGAGUGGUUGCAUCCAUCUACUGGAACUGGAGAGGUAACUGAAGCACCCAAAAUUUUAAGUCUUAUUCAGAGGCUCAACAUUGCCAUUGAUGUUGCUAGUGCAUUGGAUUAUCUUCACAACCAUUGUGAAACACCGAUCGUUCAUUGUGAUCUCAAGCCAAGUAAUGUUCUCUUAGAUGGUGACUUGACUGGACAUGUUUCUGACUUUGGGCUUUCAAGGUUUCUCUCAGAACCAACCAUGAGUGUUUCCGGAAAUCAAUCAAGCUCCAUUGGAAUUAGAGGAUCGGUUGGUUAUGCUGCACCAGAGUAUGGUAUGGGAAGUGAGGUAUCGACAUGCGGGGAUGUCUACAGCUUUGGCAUUCUCUUGUUAGAAAUGUUUACGGGGAAGCGACCCACUGGUCACAUGUUCAGUGACAGCUUGAAUCUUCAUAAUUAUGUGAAGACAGCUCUCCCUGAACUGGUUUCAGAGAUUUCAGAAUCACUAGUUCUUCAAGAAGGCACCACCAAUGUCGCUGAAGCUCACAGGCACAGCCGAUUGAGUGUGAGAGCACAGAAAAUUGAAGGGUACUUGACUCUGAUACUUGGUAUAGGAAUUGCAUGUUCUGUUGAAUGCCCCACAAACAGAAAGGAUAUCAGUGAUGUUGCAUCUGAAUUGCAAUCCUUUAGGCGCAAUCUUCUCAACUAGAACCUUUCAAAUUAUUAUGUUUUGUGAUGGCUAAUAAAUUGUUAUAUGGUUCUUGUA